GCUAGCUCUCCCUCUUCCCUCCCUCCUCUUCCUCUUCCCUCUCUCUCUCUCUCUCUCUGUAACUUUUCCUUAUUCUCUCUCCGUAACUUUCUUCACAGCUAGGGUUCCUUUUCCUUUACUUCAAAAUCAUUUCUGGAUUGAACUUCUCUGAAUUUAUUAUGUUAGUCGGUUUUCGUCUUCCCUCUGCUUGGUUUCCGGGAAAGGUGGAGAGAGCAAUGGAAAAUAUCAGUUUGAAUCUUUCUUUUGGGAUUCUGAAAGUAGCAAUGUCCCGGUGGAGCCAUUUGAGUGGGCCAAAUAGUUUUUUCUGUCCCAAUUUCGUGGAGUUUGGUCUAUCUGGAAUUCCAAAUUCUAUAUGCAGGAUUUUAUUUUAUUUGAUUUUCUCGGCAACCAAAUAGAGUAUGAGAAAGUAAAUGAACCUUUGGGGAUUCUUACAAACAGAGAUUUAUCUACCCGUGGAGUCAUUGGAGUGGCAAAAAUAGCUUUUUCAGGCUCAAUUCGGCGUUGGUUGAUCUAUCAGGGAUUCUAAAUUCUAGAAAUCUGAUAUGCAGGAUUUUAUCAUAUUUGAUUUUCUUGGAAACCAAACAGAGUAUUGAGAAAUUGAAUGGUUAGUUGCAGUGGUUUUUGACUAUUGGAAUUCAGCUAACUGCUUGCUAAAUCUUUGUUUUUAAGAGAAAAGCAUAGGACUCAGUUGCCCCUGGGAUUCAUGCUGGGUGCAAUUCCGAUUGUGAUGAAAAUGAUGGCCUUGACACUGAUGCGGAUGCGAUGAUCAGAUUUUAAUGGAAACGAUCCAAUUUUACUUCCUUGGAAUAAAUGCGUUUUUUAUGCAUUUCAAGCUAACAGGUUGAUUGCUUGUAGUGUCAGAUUAGAAGAAUGGCUAUUGCUGGCCUACACAACGUUACUGUGCUCGACUCUUCUUUCCUUAGGGUAUCUCAUUCUCAAGCAUCAGGGCAGCAAGUUGAUGAAGGGAGAGUCAGUUCCCAGGCAUCCUCGUUAUUGCAGAUGUGGCGGGAGCUUGAGGAUGAGCAUGUGGCGAGUCGCUUCCCGCAAGAAAGAGUUGUCCCACGGAGGAGUGAUAGGUUGAUUGCUGACCACUCAAAGGGUCAAGGUUCGGAUACUGAUAGUAAUGAACAUGGGGGUGGUUGGGAGGUCACAAGUCUGACUGAGAGCGAGUAUGGAGCAUGGUCUCAAAUUCAAAUUGGCUCACCAAAUGAAAAUAUUGAUUCAAGCAAUUUUAACUGUGAACAUUCUUCAGAUUUUGGGGAAGUUGAAAGGGAGAGGGUGAGACAGAUUUUUCGGGAAUGGAUGAACAGUGGUGUGAGGGAACAUCCGUCAAAUGUUUCUCAUAUUAACAACAGCCCAAGGGCAGAGUGGCUGGGUGAAACAGAGCAGGAGAGAGUGAGAAUCAUAAGGGAGUGGGUACAAAUGAAUAGCCGGCAGAGAGGUGCUUUUAGUGACAUUAGAGAAGAGCAAGCUGCUGAUAUCAGUACUCAGAUUGAGCAAAUUCGUGAUGGAUUGGUUGUUCACCAGAAUGAAGGCCGGACUGAGCAUAGCAGGAGGGGCAUUCGGAGAUUAUGUGGCAGACAAGCUUUGCUUGAUAUGAUAAAGAAGGCUGAGAGGGAAAGGCAAACUGAGCUUCAAGGCUUGUUGCAUUGUCGCACUGUAUCACAAUUUGCUCACAGAAACCGUAUUCAGUCGUUACUUAGAGGUAGGUUUUUGCGAAAUGACCAAUUGGUUGAGAAUGAGAGACCUGCUUCCCUGGCAGAAACUGAGCUAGGUUUGUUGAGGCAAAGACAUACUGUAUCUGGUCUGAGGGAAGAAAUUUGCUCCAGAUUGGACACUUCUGUAUGUGGUCAAGUAAGCUGCAGCCAAUCUGAUACCUCAUAUGACAAUGAAAUUAAUGGCAACAGAAACAAUCAAUCUCAAGCAAACAAUGCACAGGACGUUCUAGAUAAACCUAGUGAACAAUCUGAAAGUAAUUAUGAGGAGAGUAUUAACCACAGGUUGGCAGAUAUUCAGAAUGAUUUAGAAGAUGGUGCUGUUGAAGGUAUUGGAUGGCAAGGAUCUAGUGCUUCUGAAGAACAGAUUUCAGAGAAUGAAGAAUUUAUUUAUAGGACAGAUGGCACUGAUCAAAGCUUGAGUGGAAACUUGCAAGAAAACACUGUUAGUGAGUCCAAUGAGUCAGGAGAACAUAGUCAUAUGCAAGAAUCUGAUACAGAAAUUAACGGACAAUCUGAUCCAGUUAUUGUGGGAAGUUUGACUCAUGGGUUGUCUGAUCAUGGUUCUAAUUUGGAUAUUAAUUGGCAAGAAUCUGCCGCACAGGCGGAACUGUUGCCCGAACAAAAUAUGGAAACUGAGGAAAGAGACUCACAACAUUCAAAUGCUGAAUAUCAUGAAUGGAGGGAUGGAAUUAGAGAAGACAUGGAUGAAAAUCUGUUGGGAAUUACUUCCAACUUCCAAGGGUUUGGGAAUGAAGCUAUAGAACAGGUUCAACUGCAAGAAGCCCCAGAAGUGUGGAACGAGGAUAAUGGUGUUCAAGGGGCUGUGCAACAUUGGUUAGAAGGGACUUCUGAUCGGGAAGCUGUUCCAGUUCGAGGGGUUGCUACAUUUUAUUUUCCUGAUGAUGAAAAUGUUCACAAUGUGGAACUGAGAGAACUGCUAAACAGGAGAAGAGUUUCCAAUCUUCUUCACAGCGGGUUCCGUGAGAGUCUUGACCAAGUGUUACAAUCAUACGUGGAAAGACGGGAAAGUAAUGCUCCUAUUGACUGGGAACUGCCUGGAACAUCAUCUUCUCAUGAAUUAGAUGAACCAGAUCUGGAGCAUCAGAGUCAGAAUCAGAAUGAAGGUCAGGGGGAUACUGUUGAGAGCCCACUUCCAUUACCUUCACGGGCAAUACCUUCUCGUCCACUCUACUAUCUGGAGUCAUACCAUGACAACUGGCCACAGCAUGACAUGCACCAGCGUUCAGGAAUUGAGUGGGAGAUUGUUAGUGAUUUACGGAUUGACAUGGCUAGGCUACAGCAGAGGAUGAAUAGCAUGCAGAGGAUGAUGGAAGCCUGUAUGGAUAUGCAACUUGAGUUGCAACGCUCAAUACGACAAGAAGUCUCUGCUGCCCUGAAUCGCUCGUCUCCUAUAGAAGGAGGGUCUGAGGAUGGUCUUCUAGAACAUGAACCUCAAUGGGAUUGUGUGAGGAAAGGAAUCUGCUGUAUAUGCUGUGAUAGCAACAUUGAUUCUUUACUCUACAGAUGUGGACACAUGUGCACUUGUUCAAAAUGUGCACGUAAGAUGGUUCAAAGCAGUGGAAAAUGUCCAAUGUGUCGGGCACCGGUAGUUGAGGUGAUCCGUGCUUACUCUAUAUUAUGAUUGGAAGAGUUAUUAAGAAAGAAAAUGUGGAUUAAACACCAAAACCCUUUUUUUUUUUGUAUUUUUUGUAAAUUAUUUCUUGUUUUUUUCUGGCUGGGUUAUUGCCAUAUAUGUACGCAACCAUGAUAAAAGUAAUUGGAGUGGAAAUUACAAUUC